ACCGGUGGGAGGAUCCUUCCGCUGUAGUCCGCUUCCGGUUUUAGUGUAGUCCGCUUCCUGGUCUGCUGUUCCUUCGGGGUUUGCCUGCUCUGCUUUUAUUCGUCUCAGUCAUAAGAUUUAAAGCAAAAUGUCACACCAAACGGGAAUUCAAGCGGGUAACGACUUAAAAAACGCCUUUGCCGAUGCCAGGAACGGAGACCAGUUCAGAGUCUUGAAGGUUGUCAUUGACGAUGAGCAGUUGGCUCUUGGCUGCACCAGGCAAGCCUCAAAGCAAUGGGACCAGGAGUACGAUUCCCUAGUCCUGCCACUCCUAGAAGAAGGCAUGCCCUGCUACAUUCUGUACCGGUUGGACUCCUCAAACAACCAGGGCUAUGAAUGGAUAUUACUGGCCUGGUCACCGGAACGCUCACCUGUCCGACCUAAGAUGUUGUACGCUGCAACCCGGGCCACCCUGAAGAAGGAGUUUGGUGGUGGAAUCAUCAAAGACGAGGUCUUUGGCACCACAAUGGACGAAGUCAAUCUCAGCGGCUACAAGAAGUUUCUCACCUCUCAGGCUGCUCCUCUUCCUCUGACCGCCGCUGAAGAAGAACUGAGGCAGAUUAAGCUGAGCGAGGUGCAGACCGACAUCAGCGUGGACACGAAGCAGCAGACCCUGCCCGGCGUGGCCUUCCCCAUGCACGGAGACGCCAUGGACGCCCUGCUUCGCUUCAGGAGCAAGGAGCUCAACUACGUGCAGCUCCAUAUAGAUUUUGAGAAGGAGCUGAUCAAGUUGUCUAGCACGGAGCCCACCGACGUUAAAGAGCUUCCCAGGAGGAUCUCCAAGGACUGCGCACGCUACCACUUCUUCCUGUACAAACACUCCCAUGAGGGUGACUACCUGGAAUCGACAGUGUUCAUCUACUCCAUGCCCCUGAACACGUGUACCAUCCGGGAGAGGAUGCUGUACUCCAGCUGCAAGAACCCCCUGGUGGACAUGGUGGAGAACCAGAUGCAGAUGGAGAUCGAGAAGAAGCUGGAGAUUGACAAUGGUGACGAGCUGACCGCUGACUUCCUGUACGAAGAGGUCCACCCCAAGCAGCAUGCACACAAGCAGGCCUUCGCCAAGCCCAAGGGCCCUACAGGCAAGAGGGGGGCCCGACGCAUCACAAGGCCAGCAACGGAGGGCGGGGAAGAUGACUAACUAGCCUACAAACCCCCCUAAAUCCUCCAUAGUGGAACAUUCCGAGAGUAAGGGCAAAGUUACAUUCAACACACUUUUUUUGUAAUAAUUAAAACAGCAAACAUCAUCGACCUCAAAUGUGAUAUAGAUAUAGAUUUAUAUCUAUGUCUAUAUAUAUAUAUAUAUAUAUAUAUAUAUA